CAAACACAGCUGCGAACCUGCCUUUGAACUCCCCUCUUCUAAAUAAAAACCCUAGCUUUUUCAUCUCUGCCCCCUUCAGGCGGCGGCGACUCUCUCUCUCCCCCCCCCCAAACAACGUUUUCCUCCCUGCUCCCCCUUCAGGCUCGGAGCGAAGAAGAGAGUUACUGCUUGGUUUGUCGGCACUUAUCAAGGCGUUGGGGGUGUUGUGUUUUCUCCGUUGUAAAUUAAUGGCUGUCAGGGAGACAUUGCUUCUCAUAACAUAUGGGGAAGACCUUGUUAAUGGAGAACCCAUCUUUGUUGUGUCAAACUGUCUCCCGAUUAAAGCUCACAGAUUUGAGCCUGCUGGGCAUUCUUUUCACUCGGCUGCACUAAGGUUGUCUGGGUACCUUGAGGAGGAAAAUGUUGAAGAUGACAAGGCGGGUGUGCCCGCGGAUAAGGAACAGGCUCACAUGUAUGCAUCUGAAUCGUACAGUAGUAAGAGUAAAAAGAAAUCUUCCGGUGGGGCAAAGCAGCAGGAUCACUAUGCUCUGUUGGGGCUUGCCCAUUUGAGAUAUCUUGCUACCGAGGAUCAGAUAAAAAAGAGCUACCGUGAUGCUGCGCUGAAACAUCACCCGGACAAGCUGGCUUCUUUACUUCUUGCUGAAGUAACUGAGGCUGCAAAGGAGGCCAAGAAAGAAGAAAUCGAGACCCGUUUCAAGGCAAUUCAAGAAGCGUAUGAAGUUUUGAUUGACCCAGUUAAAAGGAGAGUUUUUGAUUCCACUGAUGAAUUCGAUGAUGAAGUUCCAACAGAUUGUGCCCCGCAGGAUUUCUACAAGGUUUUCGGACCUGCCUUUUUUAGGAACGGUCGCUGGUCUGUCAACCAACCAGUUCCUUCCUUGGGAAAGGAAGACACCCCAUUUGAAGAAGUGAAUAAGUUUUAUGACUUCUGGUACAGCUUUAAAUCAUGGCGGGAGUUUCCGCAUGAAGACGAUCAUGAUGUCGAACAGGCUGAAUCUCGUGAUCAUAAAAGAUGGAUGGAAAGGCAAAAUGCGAAGCUGUCAGAGAAAGCCCGGAAGGAGGAAUAUGCAAGGCUACGCAUGCUUGUUGAUAAUGCCUAUAAAAAAGACCCCAGGAUCAUGAAAAUGAAGGAGGAGCAGAAGGCUGAGAAGCGGCGGAAGAAGGAGGCAAAGUUUCAAGCAAAGAAACUACAGGAGGAAGAAGCAGCUAGAAUUGCAGAAGAGGAGAGACGUAGAAAAGAGGAAGCAGAAAGAAGUGCUGCUGAAGCUGCUUUGCAGCAGAAGAAGUUGAGAGAGAAAGAGAAGAAAAUGAUGCGCAAAGAGCGGGCCCGUUUGCGCACUAUUUCAGCCUCUAUACUUGCUGAGCACUCAGUUGGCCUUACAAACGACGACAUAGAGCAUCUAUGCACGACCCUUAAUUUUGAUCAGCUGAAGAACUUGUGCGAUAGUAUUGAGGGAGCAGAAGGGAUUGCAAAACUAGAGCUUCUCAGGAUGGCGAUGGGACAUGAUCCGGACACAGAGGAGAGGCAAAAUGAGAAGAGAAACAUUCAACAAAAUGGCAGCACUUCAUCAGUGACUAAUGGACAUAACCCGUUCUGCAGCAACGAGAGAAAUGAGAGGGAAUGGAGCAAAGAAGAAAUUGAUCUUUUGAGGAAGGGAGUACAAAAAUAUCCCAAAGGAACAUCCCUCAGAUGGGAAGUUAUCUCGGAGUAUGUUGGUACGGGAAGGACAGUUGAUGAGAUUCUGAAGGCAACAAAAACAGUUCUUCUCCAGAAGCCGGACUCUGCCAAAGCUUUUGACUCUUUUCUUGAUAGGAGAAAGGCAGCACCGCCAAUUGCAUCUCCUCUUUCAAUGAGGGAGGGUGCAGAGGCAACGGCAUCAAAUGUCAACAAUUUGUGUGAAAGCAAGCUAGGCGAUCCCACCAGCCAAACCACAGGCUCUUGCAAAAACCCAAAUGGGGAUGAUAAUCAUGAUAUUGCUGCUGCUGGAAAUGUGACCGAAGGAGGAGAUGUAUGGUCGCCUGUUCAAGAACGGGCUUUGGUUCAAGCUCUCAAAACCUUUCCAAAGGAUGCCAGCCAGCGCUGGGAACGGGUGGCAGCUGCUGUUCCUGGUAAAACUGUUAACCAGUGCAAAAAGAAAUUUGCAUCUCUGAAAGAGAGUUUCAGGAACAAGAAAACUACAGCAUAAUGUUGUUACUCUUAUAGAAGAUGCAGUGGGUGGUGUGAAUUGGGUGACUCAAAACUUAUCCAGUUUUGGGUCUCAUUCUUUUCACUUUGAUUUUGCAGAAGCACCUCCAUGAUAAGUUUCAUCUCAUUUUUAUCAUCUCAUCGCAUUAAUUCUUGUUGAGCUAUAAUUUUUGUUUUCUUCUUAUUUAAGUAGCCGAGUCUCAUUGCGAAACACAAGUAUAAUUGAAUAGAAUGGAUUUGAGGUAAACUUUUUCUUUUUGCUAUCAGUCAUGUGUUAGUGUUAUUUAAACUGUUGUGCACAAAGUGAAGUCACCUAGUAUCUGAUGUUUUAAGCUGAUGAAUUUGUUAUGCCCCAUUUUGGGCUUCUUGAGUUGCAGAUAUUAUUUCUAAUGGUCUCAUAACAUAAACUUGCCUGCAUGGG